UGUUAGCUGUCAGUCGUGCAGAGACAGCCAGCCAGCACGCAACGCAACGCAACGCAACACAACAAACACACGGGUCUCCUGAAGGUGACGUGGCAAGCGCGCGUCGCAGCAUAAUGACGUCAUUUAAAGGGCUGACCCGCUGCUACGCGUGUUAACGAAUUAUUUACAAUAAUGCAGUUCACAAUUAUUACCAACGGCAUUUUAAUAGUGGAAAAGCAAAUGGUCCAUCUAAAAAGGGACCAAAUAUACGUCUGAUGUCAGCAGUUGAUGGCAGUUGGUGACGACAGGACUUCAGGUCACUUGUCGCCAUAGAAACGCACUGGCCCAUCAAUUUGACCGAGAUGAACGGACGGGAGAACCUCCCCCGCUAAUUAUCCGAAUUAAACGUUUUAUUUAUAUUAUUAGUUGUGAUGUAUGUUUGUUAAAAACUACCUUUUCAACACUAAAAUGUAUUCAUCCGAGUCAGACUCCGAAGUUGAGCCCGAAGAGGACGAGGAAGGAAAACUUUAUGAAUUUAUAUUCGAACUGGACGAAAAGGAGCAAAAUGAGGAGUUUCAAAUCCCGUCCAGGAAGUCACCUGUGCAGGUGGAGGUCAGCGCGGACGGGACGGUCGAAAACGGGACGGUUCCGUUGACUAAAUGUCACUACACCAGAGGCGAAAGGCAGAGAAACAACUCAUCGGGUAACGACAGGAGGGGACGCCACGUGCACGCGUCGGCCACCAGGGACCGAGUCUCCGACCGGGCCGUGGCGGGCCGGCCGUGGAGGGAACCCGGUGCUGUGACCUCGGACUUCUUCAACUACGGCUUCGACGAAGACAGCUGGAAGCUCUACCAGAAGCACGGGAGGUUCUGUUCCGCCUCCGGGAGACCCACCUGCAGCGGCCCGGUCCACCAGGGCCGCAGCGCUCCAGAAGAGAGAGCCCACCGCCACACCCCCCCCGGCGGCGCGUCCCCCCCCCGGGCCUCCAGGCGGCCGAUUGAUGCCGAUGUGACCGGAGGACGGGCGGGACGCAGAGGGACGGUUAGAGGGCCCCGAACCCUCGAGGACCAGGUGCACACGUCCCCGGACGAGGACGGGUUUUCUUUUCUUCAUCGGUCGUCUCCACCCGACUUCGGUUCCCUCUUCGCAAUCGUCCCUCCUCCACCUUUCCUUCAACGACCAUCAAACCGUUCCUGUCCCCAUGAAAGUGGACACUCCAAAGGCCCCGAGGACCCCUCACUGCACCAACGGUCAUCAGGUGCGUCAUCCCUGACCGGCGCUGGCCCGUUCCGGUACCACGACAGAGACCGACCCAGAGCCCACGACCGGUGUGAGAGAGACGAGAGGAGCCGCUCCUCGUCACACAGGGGGGAGCGCCGACGCUUAGACAUCUCACAGCAAGAGAGAGAAGCCCUCCGCGCGGCGGGGAGGAAGAGGAGGAGGAAGAGCAACCAGAAGAGGAGGAGCCAGAGGAGCCGGGACGAGGGCGAGGAGCGGCGCGGGUCGUACAGCAGGUUUCUAGAGGCGCUCGGAGGUCACGAGAGGACAAGCUGCUGGGCUCAGACGUGUUGGUUUAAUGUCUCCACGUGGUCAUUUGAGCCUCAUCUGUCUCUCUGUGUCUCUUUGAGGGACAUUUGGGGGCCUGGAUGUCUCCUCACACUUUGUGCCCAGUUGUCCCGGUCUGUAAUCCAUCCACAGUCCUCAUGGAGGACAGGCUGAAAGACGACAGAAUGCUCACAGAAGUGUCUUCUAUGUCCACAGCAGGAGGAGGAGGAGCACGAGGGACGGGGCCAAGGACGGAGACAGACCCAGUAGACAGAAGAAGGCUAAAAGGACAAAGAG